AUGGCAUUGAGCAAGCGAUCGAGUAAGCCACGAGACCCUGUGCUUUCCCGGAUUUAGCUGCGGCAAUUCGCAACUGGAAGGGCUUCCAGAGGUUGGAUGAAUCCAAGUCGAUACAGCUAGGCCCGCUAAGGUUGUCAAGUUGCCACGCCAGUGUCCGUGCCAUCAAACACUCGAUAACCACACCAAGGACACAGCACUUCUGGCUCCGAAUUUGGCUUUUUAGCUUGAGCUUCAUUCCUUCGACUUCCGCCGACCAUCGAGGUGUUAAUUGACACCCAGCGAUCAAGAGAUCAAAGGCUGCUAUAGAGCCUCUGCAGAGAGUGACAUCAUGGCUUAUAUCGAGCUGAGCCGGCGCGACAUCAACGUCCUCGAGAAGAUCAAAGACCCAGAGUUCGACCCGGCUCUUGCGGUCCAAAUCGAUGCAACCCUUCCCAAGGACCCGCACGUACCAGACACGGAGUACCGGCAGAUCUCCCAAAGAGAGCGCGACAUCAUCUCGUCCAUCCAAAACCUCGAACUCCGAAAAGCAAAGUCGAUGCCGGGCGCGACUGAAGAUGCCGAUAUUGUCGCUAGGUAUCGUGAUUGUGUUUAUGAGCUAGGCCGUCUCAUACAAGACCACCCGCGCUAUGCCAGCGCUCUGAACAACAGGGUGCAGGCCCUGAGGCGACUGUAUGGGGAUGCAAUACUUGUUUCUGGGGCGCCGAAACUGGCCCAAGCAUUGCUUCAAGACAUCGACGACCGCGAGAGGCUAGAGACAGCGAAGACUAUGCUGGACGACCUUGACAGCGCUAUCUCACUUCUAACCCCGGGUGUCCCGCAUUCGAGACUUUCGCCCCAAGUCGCUAGGACUCUGGCAAUGGCUCACACACAGCGGGCCGCCCUGUACCUUAUGACCUCCAAGCUCCUCCUCUCCAAAUCCCUCUCGGUGGACGCGGGAAGGCCGGAAGCGCGCUGGUCGAAGCUGGACUUCGAGGAGCAUGCCUCACGGGAUUUCGCUUUGGGGGGCAGAUACGGCAACGAGAUUGCCAAGGGGCUGGCUGUGAGCACGAACCCUACCGCAAAGCUCUGCGGGCAGAUGGUCCGAGAGGCGAUGAGGAAGGAAUACGGAACGGAUCAUGCAGCAUGAUGCGGCGACGGAUUGUCUCAUGUAUGGAAGCGGCGUCGUGGUGUCAUUUUCGUAUUACGAGGAAUAGGCUUCUAGCCUUAUGUUGAACUCUUUGGUGGGAUGCUUCGAGCGUAUACGGAUAAGGUGGGCGCGUAGGCAGAAUAUACUUAUUAUGAGCUCUUCGCUAGUCCAAGGCGCCUGCGA